GAUGACUUUAGAGCAAAAAAGAAAAGAAAAAGGAAAAUCACUCAGAGGAGGUCGCAUCGGGUGCGUAUCUCUUUUGUCCCCGUUGGUUAAUAAGUUUUUUGAAGAAAGCAAUUUCGUCACCGUCAGCAUCGCUGGCUGAUGCGCAAUCGAAGUGAUAUUGCAAAUUAGCCGUCGAACGAACCAGAGCCCCGUAAAUCCCGUGCGUGCGUUUGCGGACGAUGGUGGUUUGAUGUGUAGUCGGUUUGUGUAUAAUAGGAAAGAGCGAGUGAAGAAAAAUCGACACAUCACUCCAAACAACAUCGCCGGCGGAGCGCUGUGCGAAGCAAAGGUGCAAGCGUAGCAAGAGUACGGAGUCGAUUGGAGGCCGGCAGAAAACGAAAAGUGAAUUCCGGCCUACUAGUCUUGGCUUAUCAAUUGGUGUAGAGAGAGAAAUCGAAACACAAAACGUCAAAGCCGGGCGUUUUGACAGGUGGUGCGAUUGUCUCGCAAAAAGUGUACUCGUGUGUGUGUGUGCGUUUGUUCUUAAAAAAAAGAAAAAUUAGUUGAUUCCGGGCCGCCAGUGAAGUACUGUGCAUGCCCAUAAUUUUGCCAUCGAUACAUUCCCAACGCCGCCGAUCAAGAGUCCCGAAGUAUCCUUGAGUUCCAGAAUUUCUUUCAAAGAAGAGCAACGCCCAACGUAACUGUGGACGAUGGAAACAUGUUCGGUAUGUAGCAAACUGCACGUGCGUAGGAAUAUGUAGGGCAGAGCGUGAUCCAAUCAUCAACACAUCCGGCGGUGGAAAUCUCAUUACAAACUCUUCCUGAGCAGAAAAGGGAAGAGGAGAGAGCAUCAUUAAAAAAAUACCUCGGGAACUUCAACUCCCGGUGUUGACGGCGGUAAUAUAGCACGCCACGUACGUUGGCCCUACUGAAAGCACAACACGAUCACCUUCAGUGGUGCAGUUAAACUAACAAUCGAGAAGUGCGGUAGUUAAUUGAAUACACCGUGCGUACGAUACUGGACAAACACACAGGAUGCCGCUCCCAAAACGCCUCGUGCAGCCGGUGUUCGUGGCACGGUCAGUGUACGUGCGCGAGGAGCUACCGGCCGAGCUAGAGACGGUAACCAACACGACACUCACCAAUAUCGUCCGUCAGUUAUCAUCACUGUCGAAACAUGCGGAGGAUCUGUUCGGCGAGCUGGCCCGUGAUGCGGGCGGGCUGGCCGAACGAGCCAACUCGUUGCAGGCGCGUAUUGAUCGUCUCGCGAUAAAGGUCACCCAGCUGGACAGCACCGUUGAGGAGGUAUCGCUGCAAGACAUACAGAUGAAGAAGGCUUUCAAAAGUGCCACAAUGUUCGACCAGCAGAUCUUCUCCCGGGCGACGAUGCCAUCGGCAAUGCUGGAGGUGUAUAAGACUUGCGAUAAACCACCGCCACUGGAUAAGCUGAACUGUUACCGAGAUGAUGGUAAAGAUGGUUUGAAGUUCUACACCGAUCCGAACUACUUCUUCGAGCUGUGGCGACAGGAGAUGCUGAAAGAUACGGAACGGGUUAUGCACGACCGUGGAAAGAAGGUCCACAAACCGAGAGCAGAGGGUGGCGCUGAUGGUGGCGGGCGACAGAAGAAGCGACCACGUGCCCCGCACAACACACGCGAAAAGCAACGCCAGCGUGCCAUCGGCCAUGGCGAAACGCUGAUGCCAAAUAAUGUCAUCUACCGCACGCCGAAUGCGAUCAUCGGUUCGCAGGAGGAGGCAAUUUACAACAGUGCUAUGGCGGGAGGUCCCGGCGGUAGCAUGAUCUACGAUUCACGUUCAUCGUCCGCGAUGGGAGGUAGUAGCAGCGGUGGUGCCGCACGGCCCAACUCCAUCGAGCUCCGGCGAAGCUAUCAGCAACCGCACGAAAUGGUUGACGGUGGUGGUUAUGCGCCACCGUCACCGGGCGGUGGCUACCACCUUCAGCAGAUGGCCAACCAGUUACAGCAUCAGCAGGCUGGCGGUGUAUACCAGCAGCAGCAGCCAAUCUACGACCAGUACGGUAAUCCAUCGAUAUACGGAUCCGGGGCGAACCAGAUGUCGCAGGAAAGUUUGUACGCACCCGGUACGCCUUCGCGGUCGAAAUCGCGCCCAUCACAGCCACCACCAGCCCCGCCAUCGUCCGGCAGUGGCGGUGGUACACCGAAUGCCUCGAACGCGAACACACCGACGCGCAGCCGAAGCCUGUCGACCGGGCGCGAUAAUUUACCACCGCCACCACCGAUACCGGAGGGUUUGCAAUCACCACCGCACGGUAUGAGCAACGGUGGAACGGGCGUUGCUGCCAAGAUGCUGUUGAUCCGAUCCGGUUCACGGGCGGGAUCGCCGCAGCUGGGCAUGACCGGUUCGCAGCAGCAGCAACAGCACCAGCAACAUCAACACCAGCACGUUGUCGUGAAGUCGAUGAUGGACCAGAAUCAGCUUGCGCUGGAUCAACUAAAUCAGCAGAUAAACAAUCUGAACAAUCUCAACAUGCAGCUGAACCAGAUGUCGAUGAACGAUCUGCCGCCACCGCCACCGAUACCGGAACAGCUAUCACCCAAACAAUCACCACCAAAUGUGGCUCCACCGCCUCCACCACCACCACCGCCAAUGCUGGACGGUCCGUUAAGCCCUACGAAGGCACCAAUGGCAAACGGUGAUCUAUACAACAUGCCGAAAAUGCACCAACUGAAGAAGAUUCCUCCGCAAGAGAAGAUAACCUACGAUGAUCCGCGCAGCGAUUUGAUGAAGGCCAUUCGAGACGGUAUCAAACUGCGCAAGGUAGAGAAACAAAAUCACGAAGCGAAGGAAAACGAUCGCAACAAGGGCCUGCACGAUGUGGCCUCAAUUUUGGCCCGCCGUGUCGCCAUCGAGCUGUCCGAGUCGGAAUCGUCCGAAAGCGACGACGAUAGUGAGGGCUGGCAGGAAACGAACGAAACGUCCGCAUGACAUCAGGAGAGCGUUGCGGCGGGCGGGGGCAAGAAAAAGUGAAACAAGGUGUAGCGCCUCUUCCGAUAGGGCGAUCAUUCCAAGCGAACGUCGAAAACCAUCCCGGUCAUUGUCAUAGCUCAGAUGAAACUGUGCGAGUGCUUAGUGGUUGAAUGCGAUCAAAUCGCAUCAACGGGUGAGUGGAAUGGGAUGAAUGGAAGGAUCGCGCCAAUCGCAGGAGGACUGCAAUCGGUGCAACAAAGACGGGUUUUUUUGCGAUCUAGCCUGAUAUUCGGUGUAUUUAUUUUGGGAAUGCAAAGAUAGCACAAUUGCUGCGGUGGAAAACAUUGGUUUAAUCAAGGGACGUGAUAAUCGCUCCUCUGAUGAUCGCUUAUAGAAGAAGACAUUUAUAUUCGAGAUUAUAUUAUAGGUUGUAUUAAGGCGCAACGAGGGAGCAAUGAAAAAAUACCGCGUAUCGUUAAGUUCCGGUUAAGUUGUACAAAGGAUAAGUUUCACUAUUUAUACACAGAGAUAAGCAUCGCUAAAGCGGGAUGUGGUUACCGCGAUCAUAUGAUGUGAUCGAAGCCGAGGUUCACUUGUUGCGCAUACAUUCUAAACAUUCUGUAUAGAUUAUUGUAUUUUGUUUUACAUGUCCUAAUUUUCGAAUACUAUUAUACUUCAUUGUAAAAGAAACCCGAUUGCGCAAAUUGGCACAUCAUGGAAGCAUCUCAUCACGUCGUUACCCUCUCGCUGGUUCCAGAGUGCGGUGUUGGGUUUUGUGAGGGAAAAUCAAAAUGUCACUACCGUCGUGCGCGUAUAUCAAAAUGGAAAGUAUAUAUAUAUAUAUAUAUCCUCCACUAAUGAAAUGCUUAAUGAAGCAACUGCAGGAAUGCCAGCACAUUGAAAGAGGAGGAAAAAUAAUAGUGAGCGGAAGAUAGUGAAAAAGAAUGCAAUUUAUAUGUAACUUUGUAAACGUAGCGUUACACCAAUGUAGUCGUAAGAUAGAUACAGUCACAGUCGAUCAUUUUGUCAAAGUAGUAGCAACAAUGAAAUGAAACAAAAAUGCAAACGAGAAUGCCAAACAGACAGCGGACGCAAGGUAGCGAGGUGGAGAUAGAUAUAAUUUUCUUAUCAAAUAGUGUUUGCAAAAUAUUUUUUGGGAAAUCAAUACAAAGAAACACUUUUGAAGAUAUCUUCUUGGUGAUAAGACACAGUUAAUGAGAUAUCAUGAUGUUCUAUCUCCUGAACUGUUGAAGAUCGACAUGCAUUUAGUAACCCAGAUAUUGGCUAGCAGGCUUGUUCACUUGGUAGCAAAGUUUAUCCGGCGGCUAGUGAUUUUAUAAAUGUUUAUUUGCUAUGCGAUUGCUUUUGAACAUCCAUAUAGUCGCAUUUGCUCGUUAUCGAACAUGCAGACGGUGCGCUUAGGCGCGCUUUAUGUACAAUGUUUAAAUUAUAAUGUUGUGUUUUAAAAACUUAUUCUGACCAUACUGCAUGUGCUGGAGCGCAUCGUGUGAGUGCUCGGUUACGAUGCCGAGUGCUAACAAACGCUCGUAAUAGAAAGUUAAAAAAUAGGUGUUUAUUGUCACUUAUGGGCCAUUCUGUGGAGAUUAGAAUGUUUUUUUCUUCUUUUGUUUAACUCAUGUUCGUAUUCGAACAUCAUGCCUUAUGUUCAGAAUCGGAAGCAAACUUUUCGUUGCCCUUCCGUUGUCAAGUGAAAUAUUCCUACGUACACUCUAUCACACACUACACAACGAUUAAAACACGCUUCAUUUAGCUCUAUUUAACGCAAUUAUUUUUGCAUAAUAAUGGAAAAGCACAAGAAAGCAAAAAAACACAUAUAUAAAUAACCUUACGACGGUUACAAUACUCCAAAAACAAAACAAAAAAGACAUUGAAAAUAAAACUAAUUCAUAGCAAAUGUGAAAAAAAAAUUGUGAAACGCUUGUGGUAUAAAAAAGAAAGUAAAAAAAAUAACAAAGUGUAAUGCCUUUGUGCUUGCUACACUGUAGAUGUUUGAAAAGCAACUAUUUACCGAUCAUUAAACAAACAAACAGAAAGGAAGCAAAAAAAACGCAAAAUCGCUCAACAUGUUCAGGCCGUUAAAGCAUAUUAGAAAGUAGAUGGAAGUAUAACACACAAAUAUGGCAAACCGAUUUUAGUGGCGUUUGCAGCUUUAAAAUGUGAUUUUUUUACGUUGCUAGUGUUUUCUAAAGCACGUUGAAGCUUUUAAUGGGAAUCUAACUUCUUCUUCAACUCUUUAAAAUUCGACCUGCUGCUACUGACCAGUGUGUAAAGUAAAAACAUAAUUUAAAACUCGUUAGCGACAUACCGUCAUUCAAUGCUCAAACUUUUCGUUUUGCAUUACAUUUUUAGGACUAACAUACUACUCUAAAACACUAUUGGACGCUAAUUGCUUGCUGUUUGGCCCGAGCAUUUACUUGUUUACGUUGCUUUUAUGGCGCUUUUCAUCAAUGCAUCUCUCAAAAGACAAAACAAUACUUAACCUAUCCAUAUGCUAUCUACCUUUCGAAACAUUAUUUCCCUUGUGCAGUGAAAGGAAAACAAGUCAAGUUGCAAAAAGGCAAAACGAAAACACCCACAAAAUACUGAUUUGUCAAUGAACACAGUACCAAACAAUGCAAGCGAUCGAACGGGAGAAAAGGUUGAAGUAAAAAAGGUGUCCUUUAACAGUUCUUCACAGCAAUUACUGUAAAGCCCAAAUAGCCAAAACGGAGUCACUAUGAUGGAACAACAACGUAAACGGAAAACAAUAUUAUGAAUUGAUACUAGUAGAUAGUUAACCAAGUAAAUACAGCAAACCAACCAAUACCUUCCCUUGUGUUGCACUGCGACCGGAAAACAUUCAUGCAUUAUGCCUAACCGUAUCUAAUGGAAAGAUGUAAAACUCACAUACACAAAACCAACUCCUAACACUAGUGGAACAGCAAGCUAAUCCAGUACGCGAUGAAGUAUUGUUUCGUGGUCGCUGUAAUAGACUGCACAAUCCACCAAUGCAACGGGUGGGACGUAGUGACGUUUCGUAUGUGCAGCGGCGCCUUUGAUAUUAGGGAAAUAAACGGGGGAAACCAUCAAGCAUCUUUCCGUUGUACUUUUCGUGUUGGUUAAGGGUUGAAUGUUUCAUAUAAAACAUUGAGCAAAACCAUACUCCUCGUAAAGAUGCGUAGCUUUCAAUCGCACGAAAACGAGGAUAAAGGACUAGUCGUCGUGGUGAGGAUCGUUUGUUGUGUCAGCUCCAAAACUGAAGCUAGUGUCUGAAGCAAGCAAACUGGUAGAAUUUUCUGCAUUAAGCUUUAGUCGUUUGUCCUCUUACAAUGUGCAAGAGAGAAUGCACCAAAGUGCAUCACGAUAUGUCUCUAUAGUAUGUAAAGUAAAUGGCAAAGGAAACGAAACACGUUCGUAAGAAGAAAAGGGUUAUUUUAUAGAUUUUCCUCCCUUGCUCUAUUUUGUUAUGAAAAAAAAUGUUAAAAUAACGUCCCAAAAACCUUACGUGCUUUCCUUUCACGUGCGCGAAACAACGCGAAGACAUUGUACAUGUAUUAUAAUUUCUUUAAAUAAUAGGUAAUAUAAAGAAAACCAUGAACAUGAUUUGGCGAUGCAACAAAAGCAUAAAGUAUAAAUGAAAAAAAAAAAACAAACAAAACAAAACGAAGUAAUGGAACAGUAAUGGAAGUAAUAAUGAACAGUUUCAAAAUAAUACUAAUAGUCGGUCAGAAGCAAAAUACACUUGAUCAUGGUAAUUAGACAACUAAUCGAGGAAAUAAAGUGAA